AUGGCAACAGGUGUCUUCCACAACAUCACGUGUUUCCAUGUGAUCGACGUGUUGGGUCUUCAGGAUUCUAAGCACAGCGUAGCCGCCGUGGAGAAGCUGUCGGGCGGUCUGAGCGCACUCAGUGAUGUCUACGUGGUGUCCACAUUCCGGCUGCCGGCGAAGCUGGGCGGCGUGCUGUUCGGCGUUUACAGCAAACAGGACAACAGGAAGUACCUGGAGGUCGCCGUCAUGGGAAAGAUCAAUAAAGUCCUGGUGCGGUACGUGCGGGCUGACGGGAAGCUGCACACGGUGAACCUGCAGAACGCCGUGCUGGCAGACAGUCGAGCUCACUCCAUCAUCCUGAGGCUCGGAGGUCUUCAGCGCGACCACAUGAACCUGGAGCUCUACGUCAACUGCCGAUUGGUUGACUCCAGCCAGGGCGUGCCGCCAUUGGUCCCUCUGCCCAGAGAGGCGGAGAUGGUGGAGAUCAGACAUGGACAGAAGGCCUACGCACGCCUGCAGGGAGCAGUGGAGUCCCUCAGACUGGCUCUUGGGGGCAGUGUUGCUAAAGCUGGAGCUCUGACAGACUGUCCGUUCCAGGGAGACUCGUCUGCGUAUAACUCAGUGAGCGGGGAGGUGAACUCCAUCCUCGGGGAUCACACCAAGGCUCUGAUUGGUCAGCUCAUCAUUUUCAACCAAAUCCUGGGAGAGCUGAGACAGGACAUCAGAGAACAGGUAAAGGAGAUGUCCCUGAUCAGAAACACCAUCCUGGAGUGUCAGGUUUGUGGGUUCCACGAGCCUCGCUCUCGCUGCUCUCCGAACCCCUGCUUUAAGGGCGUGGCCUGUAUGGAGAGUCUGCAUUAUCCUGGAUACACCUGUGGACCCUGCCCACCUGGAACCAGCGGUAACGGGACGCAUUGCCACGACAUCAACGAGUGUGAGCUGCAGCCCUGUUUCUCUCCUGACUCCUGUGUGAACACUGUGGGAGGGUUCACCUGUAAGCCCUGUCCUCCGGGCCUGUGGGGGGCGCCGCUUGCAGGAACAGGACUGGACUACGCCAAGACAUACAGACAG